AUGUCUCUAGAAGAUGUGGAAAACAUCAAAAAGCGCAUCGAGAACUUCAAAAAGACUUUGAUGGAGCUGACCGAAGCGCCGGGCUCUCAAGAAACGGCGGAACACAAGGUCCGUGAGAUGUCAGCUGAAGUAGUUGAUUCGAACCCGUAUAGCCGGUUAAUGGCCCUGCAACGAAUGGGCAUCGUGAAGAAUUACGAGGAUAUCAGGAAAUACACGGUGGUCGUGGUUGGUGUCGGUGGAGUUGGCAGUGUCACCGCAGAGAUGCUCACACGUUGCGGCAUAGGAAAGUUAGUACUGUUCGACUACGACAAAGUAGAACUAGCCAACAUGAACCGCCUCUUUUACCAACCAUCCCAAGCAGGUCUGAGCAAGGUGACAGCCGCAUCAAUGACAUUGACAAAAAUUAAUCCAGACGUCAAGAUUGAAACAUACAAUACAAAUAUCACACUAAGCACCCAAUUUGAAGAGUUCUUGAACGUCUUAAAGACUGGAGGAAUUAAUGGUGAUCGAGUUGAUUUGGUAUUAAGCUGCGUAGACAAUUACGAAGCCCGAAUGACAAUUAAUGCAGCAUGUAAUGAAUUAGGAUUAAAAUGGUUUGAAUCGGGUGUUAGUGAAAACGCUGUAUGUGGACAUAUUCAGUAUAUUGUGCCUGGAGAAUCUGCUUGCUUUGCGUGUGCACCUCCAUUGGUUGUCGCUUCAGAUAUAGAUGAAAAAACUUUAAAAAAAGAUGGAGUUUGUGCAGCUAGUUUACCAACAACAAUGGGUGUUGUUGCAGGAUUGCUAGUUCAAAAUUCAUUAAAGAAAUUACUGGGUUUUGGAACAGUUUCAUGGUACUUAGGAUAUAAUGCUUUAUCUGAUUUCUUCCCAAGCAUGAUGAUUAAACCAAACCCAAAUUGUAGUGAUAAUUUCUGUUUAAAACAACAAUCAGAAUUUAAAAAUAGGGUGAAAGAGGAACCAGAAUACACGAAUGUAGAUCUACCUGAAGAUAUAGUUACCCAUGAAAAUAAUGAAUGGGGGAUAUCGUUAGCGGAAGAUGAACCAACAGCAUCAAAUAAUACAACAGAACUUGUUGAACUAUUAAAAACUGAAAAUGUAAAUAACAGCACAAAAAGUGAUGAAGAAUACUUAUCCCUGAAUGAUGGAAUAGAAUUUGCGUAUCCAUCUGCUGACCAAACAGCUCCAAAUGAAGAAUCCUUAGUGAAAGAAACCGAAUUAAAUGUAGACGAUCUUAGAAAACAAUUGUCAUUGCUAUGA